CUUGAAAGAUGGCUCGAAUUUAAAAUUCGCUCGUUAUUGAAAUGGCACAAAGACACUAACAUUGGGGCUGUUUUCAACCAGAUUCAUGAAAACUGUGCAUUUUCAGAAUCCGGACAAAAUAUUUGCUAUUAUCGAAGUGCUGGGAGAGAUAGCGAUUUCUCUAUACCGUAUCUAUGCCAGAUUGGAUGCUGUAAUCAUGGCUGUUGUACAGUUGCUGAUCUUGCUGCGCGAAGUAACUCCUUUGGUUGGGCGAUCGCGUUACUAUCGAUCGUGCUUAUCACUAUCAUUCUCGCCGUGGUAGCCAUAACUGUUGUAUAUUUCAUGAACCGACGAAAAGAUAAAGUACUGAAAAAUGCAAUAGUCUACGGUGGUGGAAGCUCAUCAGCAAGUCAGGUGAGGUCUUACAUCGGUUAUCUGAUUCACCCAAAUUUUUUCCUAUGA